ACCUUAUUUAUCCGAUCUUUUAAUUGGUGACAAGGAAAAUGUCGUUGCAUAUUUCCAACCCUCACAGCGUAGACUUUAACAAGUCUGCAGUAAAAAAUGUUGCCUUCAAUGCGACUGCUGUGUCUUGGUACACCUCGAGAGACGAUGUGAGUGGCGAAAAAGGAUUCUGCGGACAGGAUGAGUCAGCUAUCAAGUACUUGCACAUGCCUGCGUCGACAAGAGUGAAUUUCAACUUGAAUAGAACCCAUCCAGGAGACAAACUGCAAAUUGAAAAAUAUGCCGACAACAAAGAUAUCAGUGACCUGUUAUCUUGGGUGCAAAAAAUUGGAUUUGAGGAGGACAGCUUUACGAAGGCAGACUUUGUGUGUUCCCGCUUUGAUUUACUGGACCUGUUGUUGAUGCCUAUAUCUGAUCCAAGGUAUAACGAGAGCGUGAAACUGUACUUGACAAAAGUGAAUGGGAAGAUCUACAUCCGCAGAAUGGCUUCAAAACAAGACAAGGAUCAUAUUGCGCACAUGGACGACUUUCAAAAGAAGAGAACUACCCACGGAUUAAUUUUCCAGCAUUAUAUGAUUUCUGACUCGGCAAACAGGGCGCCUGUUCCUGACAAACCAUUUGUCCGAGGGGACAAGACGAUGUACGUCGUGUUCGAAAGCAGUAUGGGAAAGCACCAGCUGCUCUAUUCAUCCAAGGUCAAGGCCUUGAACAAUCCUGAGGACUUGUUGAAUUUGGACGGUGCCACAUUCACAGAUGUCAGGACCAACAUGGGCAAUUCUUCUGCUGAAAUCAGAUGGAGGAAAUGGCUAGAGUUUUGGGGAAACUCUAUCUUAGGCAAAUUGGGCAAGAUCACAAUCGGCUUUGUCGGAAAGGGGCCCGCCAUGGGCACGGUCAAAAACCUGGAGGUCAUUCAAGCAGACAAGUUGAACUCCAAAUGCGAGACUGCAUACAAAAACGACCGAUAUAAAACCUCAGAUGUCAUACCCAAGGGGGAAUAUUGUUUGGAUAUGCUCGACAAAGUGUUGUCUUUCUUCAAGAAAGAGUUGGAAGGCGCCAAGCCAGAUGAAGUGUAUGAGUUUGAGUACACUCCCACUGAUUCCGAGUUGGCAAACAUCAAACUUCUUGGCAGUGCCAAUUAUGACAACAUUUUUGUAAUCCCCAAAUGGUACAAAGAGUGGCUGGACCGCAAGGCCUAGUUCUCGGGAUAGCUUUUUAUAUUUAAAAUGUCAUUUCUCUGAA